AUGGACAACAGCUCCUACUUCAACCUAAGCAUCUUCCUAAACAUCGGUCCUUACCGUUACCCAGCCUUUGUGUUGUGCCUGUUGCUGUACGUCUUCAUCGUCUGUGCUAACCUCGUCAUCAUCGUGGUGAUACUGCGUGAGCGAGCGCUGCACGAGGCCAUGUACGUCUUCAUCGCUCUGCUGUCGGCCAACGCUCUGUACGGCUCCGUGGGCUUCUUCCCCCGCUUCCUGCUGGACAUUCUGUCUGACGCUCAUUUGAUCGGGCGUCCGGCCUGCUUCGCACAGAUCUACGUCAUUUACAGCUACGCCUUCUCAGAAGUCACCAUUCUAGGAGUCAUGUCCUACGACCGAUACGUGGCUGUGUGUCAGCCUUUACAUUACCACAGCAGGAUGACCUCCAGGAGGGUCAAGCAGCUGGCAGCUCUCGCUCUGAUCUUCCCGUCUCUGUUCGUUUGUCUGUCCGUUUACAUGUCUGCCAGGCUUCCUCUGUGUGGCAGUACGAUUCAGAAGCUGUUCUGUUCUAACUGGCAUGUGGUGAAACUGGCAUGUGUUGCCUCCGCUCUCACCCAGAUUAUCGCCACAGUUGCAGGUUUGAUAAUUUCCUCCAUCACUGUGUUCUCUAUCUUGUACUCAUACUACAGGAUCGUACGUCUCUGUUGGAAAAGCUCUUCAGGUUUUCAGACAAAGGUGUUUCAGAGCUGUCUGCCUCACAUCAUUUCAAUAGGGAUUAAUUGUCUCACGGCACUUUCUGAUUCUGUCCUGAACAGUUAUAACGUUCAGGACCUGAAUCCAUUUGUUGCUAUUAUAGUUUCAUUGGAAUUUCUCAUCAUUCCCCCAAUUUUAAACCCGCUUAUUUAUGGGCUAAAGUUGCCUGAAAUCAGAACACACAUUGUCAGGUUGUUUAAGUUUAAAAAUAAUAUUUAG